AUGACAGAAUCGGGAAGAGAAGGGAUCCUCGAUCUCUCAGCUUGUGAGGAGCAGUCUCUGCGCGACAUGGCCGCAGUAAUCAAGAGGGAAUUUGCAGCCACCAGGAAGCAGAUAUCCGACGAGAAACAAGAGCUCUUGGAGUUGCUCGAGCGCGUACGCUUCGAGAAGCAACAACUCUUGGACACCAUGUCCGGAAUCUCGUCGACUGACUCGACGGUAGACGUUUACACGCCAACUUCUACUCUCAGAAAUAGCUCUCCUGACGAAAUCUCCGAAUCUGUAGAACAGAAGUCGGAGCCACAUCUGGAAUCCAAGUUGACGCUGCUCGUGGGUGGCAAUUAUCCCGGACUUCGUGAUGAUAGAUCGAUGAGCAUUGGCUGGAACGACCCUAUAGGACUGCUGCGAGCCCCUCUGAAAGAACGUUUCCCGGAGGCAACCCGUGGCUUCUACCACGGCGCAAGACUGGUUUCGGACGAUACCACACCAGCUCAGCUUCGAUUGGUGCGUGGGUCCUGGUUAUGUCUGCAGAACAGGGGCUUCCACGGUUACCCCGUUAUCAUAACGGUUCAAUGA